ACCAAACAAACAGAAUUUUUAUAAAAAUUAGAGAAUUUAGUAAAAUUUAUUAAAGAUUUUAAUUACAAUGGACGAUACCGAAAACUCCGAUGGCAUAGGUAUGCGUAUGUCCCUACGUGAAAGACCACGCAAGUUGCAUGCAGAACGUAGACUACGUGAACGUUGCGAUGAGCUAAAGUUCCUUGAUGAUUUCGAGCCGGAUAAAUCCAAUCGUGAAAAGCGUAAGUUAAAACGCAAACCACCAACUAAUACCCGCAGUCUCUAUGAUGAGUUUGGCAAUAUACGUCACAAUGGCAUGGAUGUUUGUGAUUGCAUGGACGACGACUGUCCCGGCUGUUGGUAUGAAUGUGAAAAUUGUGGCUCUACCAAAUGCGGUGUACAGUGUCGUGUAAAUCGUAAAUUUUUCUAUGAAUCAAUAACAUUUGAUGGCAAAGAUGCGACUAUAAGAAAUAAACAUUUUCCAACCAAGUAAAAUUUUCAAACGAUUGGUGGAUCAUGGUCCUUAAUAAGAUUUAAUAUAUUAAGAAUAAUACAAUAUUUAUAAAACAUUCAUAAAUAAAUUACACAUACAUACACACAUAUUAUUGAGAAAAACUUCAAACAUUUUUACAAUAAAUUAUACAAUAAAUAAAUGAUAAUGAAA